UACAUGGACAAACAGAGAGUUUACGGGAAGUUGGAGUUAACAGUUUGUUUCUCUGGGCAUUUGUAGAUGUUUGUUUUUAGCAUACUGGCAGAUAAAAGACAAAUAAAUGUGUGAAAAAUUAUUCUUUUGGGAGAAGUAUUGGGGUGUGUAUGACUUAUUAUUGGCAGUGGGCAGAAUCUAACCUGUGUGUAUGUGUGCUUGGUACAUAGUAAGGACGGGAAUACGGUUUUUACCACAGAGUUGGGACCUGUUUGGGAAAUGAGGACAUUGUGGCUAGUCCUCACUUCUUCAAAGGGCUGUAUGACUUAUUUUAGGGUUCAGGAUAGAAUUAGGUUUGGGGUUAGGCAUUUAGCUGUGAUGGUUAAGGUUAGGGUAAGAGGCUAGGAAAUGCAUUACGUCAAUGGAUGUCCCCACAAAGAUAGGUGUGUGUGUGUGUGCUGUAUACAUUUAAGCUUAUUUUCAGGAUUCUGGCCAUUGGUGAACUUGAAUUUGCUGUACACUGACCAACUUUGUAUUGUAAAUAGCUCAUACACAAAUUAUAAAGAUCCAUUAAUCAACGAAAACUAUCUAUAGAGUUUAUGUACAUGAAGUAAAAAUGCCAGUUUUUCCCCUCUAUCUCUCACACAUACUGACUCCAUAACAAAAUGCCAACAUUUUCCUAGAAGUUUCCUAGAAUAUGUGCACACACCCAAAUACACACACACACACACACACGCAUAUGGACUUGCAUGGCUCUAUAUGAUACAUAGACUUGACACAUGCUCACUUACAAGCUCAAACAGGGCUAGCUGUGUUAUGAGUGCACUCAUGCUUCCUGCACACAUCCUGUGGAUAAACUGAUGUAUGUGUGUGAUAUUACUUUGAGAGGAAAACUGGCCAGAAAAGAGAGAUUCAUCAGAAUGUUUAUUCAAGUCUGACCCCAAGUCAAGGACCCUCCCAGAGCCCCAAACUAACCUGGUCCACCUUAUACACACAUACACAUUGCAUAGAUCAAGAUAUGUUUGUUUUUCCAUAUCCAAACUGUAAUUUUUGUUGCAGGUAUUUCCCCCUCCUCCCCAACAAACUCUUAUAGACACACCUUAUGGAUGAGGGGGGACGUCUCUAGACCUACCAUAAGUGUGUCUGUUCUUGUGUGUGCACUGAUAACCUAAGAGUCUCUCACUCUCUGUAAAUCGGUGUGCAGCUGGUUGCUGAGACUGUCAUUAGAACUCUUGUUCCAUACAUAAGUAUGGCGUUGCUAGGGUUUGUGAUGCUACUGUGCAUCUUGGGAGCUCAAGCCACUUUGGACCUUCGACAUGCUGCUGCCAUGGCUGCAGGACUGUGUAAGACCAAGCCUACUGACCUGGUCUUCAUCAUUGACAGCUCUCGGAGUGUGAGGCCCUCUGAGUUCGAGCAGGUCAAGGUGUUCCUCAACAAGAUAAUAGAAGGUCUGAAUGUGGGGCCUGAUGCCACACAUGUGGGUGUUGUGAACUAUGCCAGCAAGGUGAAAAAUGAGGUGUCGCUGAAGUCCUACAAGACAAAGGCUGCACUAAUCAAGGCUGUAUCAAAGAUCGAGCCACUCUCCUCUGGCACCAUGACUGGCUUGGCUAUCCAGUUUGCCAUGAAUGUGGCCUUCAGCGAGGCAGAGGGUGCACGCGUCAAAUCCACUGAUAUCAGCAAGGUAGCAAUCAUUGUGACAGAUGGGCGGCCACAGGACAAUGUGCGUGACGUUGCAGCAAAGGCACGGGAGUCAGGCAUUGAGAUAUAUGCCAUUGGCGUGGGCCGAGUGGACAUGAACACACUGAAGCAGAUGGCCAGUGAACCUCUGGAUGAGCACACUGAUUACGUGGAGAGCUACGGCUUCAUCGAGAAGCUCACCCAGAAGUUCCAGGAAGCCUUUUGUGUGUCCGACUUGUGCGCAACUGGUGAUCAUGACUGUGAGCACAUUUGCGUCAGCAUACCUGGAUCGUUCAAGUGUGCCUGCCAAGAGGGCUACACACUCAAAGAAGAUGGCCGUUCCUGCAGUGCCUGCAGUGAUGCUGCCACAGAUGUGGUCUUCCUUAUCGAUGGAUCAAAAAGUGUGAGGCCAGAGAACUUUGAGUUGGUGAAGAAGUGGAUCAACCAGAUUGUGGACAAGCUGGAUGUGUCGCACAGAAAUACCCAUGUAGGUCUGGUGCAGUACUCUAGUGCCGUCAAGCAAGAGUUUCCUCUUGGAAAGUACAACAACAAGAAAGACAUCAAGGAGGCCGUGAAGAAGAUGGCCUACAUGGAACGUGGAACAAUGACCGGCCACGCUCUUGGUUUCUUGGUGGACAAAAGCUUCAGCACUGUCCAGGGUGCCAGGCCUGGGGCAGCCAAAGUGGGUAUUGUCUUCACUGACGGCAGGUCACAAGACUACAUUGGAGAUGCGGCAAAGAAGGCCAAGGAGAGAGGCUAUAGGAUGUAUGCUGUAGGAGUUGGAAAUGCAGUUGAGGACGAGUUGAAAGAAAUCGCCUCAGCUCCAGAACAUUAUUUCUAUACUGCUGACUUCAAAGCCAUAAACGAGAUUGGCAAAAAGCUGCAAAUCAACACUUGCCCAGUAGCUGAGGAUCCCUGUGAAUGUGAGUCUCUUACAAAGUUCCAGAAAAAAGUGGAAGAGACACUCCAGGCAUUAACAAAGAAAUUGGAGGGAAUAACAAAGAGGAUCACUGCUCUGGAAAACAAAAUCGUGUGAGAGAUGAGCACUCUACUCCCUGUCACAACACCCUCUCACCAUUUUCACUCACUACUGCUGAGUCACCUCGUGUGACGUCUGAUUCCUCUUCCUGCCUUUUGCUUCAGUUUUCUCACUACAUUUGCUUUAAAUCACUAAAUUCCCCAGGACUGAAGCACUGAUCAUCAUGGUGUUUUUAUUUAUACAUGAUUUCACUAUUACAGGGAAGAGAUGUGUGCAUGUUAAAUACAGAGCAAUUACUCCCUGAUGGAAGCAUUAUACUGAAUUAUCUUUAAAAUGUAAUAUAGAAAGUGCACAUGAACAUGAGUGCUCUUGUACCAUCAGCUCAUCCAUAUGAUAAAAUGUACUUAAACUAUGCAAUUUAAAGGAACAGUCCACCGUAC